AUGGUGGUAGCAGCAGCGGCUCUACACACGGCCGGUCGGCGGCCACGCGGCCGUUCCGACGCGCUGAGCCGUAGCCGGAUUAGCCUGCGCAGCGAAACCACCGGCAGCAGUGGUGCGGCCUCGAGUGAGCAGCAGCAGCAGCGACAGCACGCCCUGCACCCACCGUCACGGGGCCACCGGCGGCACUCGUCGCAGCAGUCGCUGUCGCACUGCCCACACCAUCGCCAGCACGGGGACGAAGAACGCGAGGAGCGAGAGCGGUGCCAACGCGAGGAGGACGAGACGGCCGGCGAAGAGGACGUGACGGCCGGCGAAGAGGACGAAGAGGAGGAGGAGGUGGCCGGCACGACGGCCACCUGCACCGAGGACGAGCGGCACGCGGCCGGCUCGGUGUCGACGAUGUACGCCGAGAACUGUCACUGCAGCCGGGGCAACCUGACGACCACCGACGAUGACGACGAGAUCCAGCAGUACUUUAUAGUGGACCACACCCAGCAGCAGCCGCAGCACCACGUGCCACCGGCACCGCAGCGCAGUGUCUCGCGGCGCCCGUCCGUGUCGAGCGGGGCGUCGCGCCGCAGCACUCCGCGGUCGCGGCGUGGCACGACGACCCCGAUGAGCUGCUGUUCGCACCACUCGCAGCCACCCGGGAUGGCCGCUGCCGCCGCCGCUAGCUACCAGCACCACCAGCACCACCAUCCGCAGCGCUUUACGGAUCCGGAGUCACCGGCCGCUGUAAGCCGGCGGACCGACAGUGGGUCGAAUGCGACCAUCUCGAACUUCAACAUCAAUCCGGCGCGGUUCCAGUGCAGUUACUACACGGCGGACGAAAGCGAGAACUCGUACUGUUCGAUCAGUGGCGAGAACAUCCGGCAGAUCCAGGCACAGACGGCCAUCCAGCAUCGGCUCGAUCGGGAGGAGCAGAAGCAGCGGCUGGUGCCGCUGCCUCUGCAGCCGCCAGAUCAACCGGCGGCGGUGCUUGCCACGGAUACCGACAGCCAGCAGGAUGUGGCUAGCCUAAACGAGUCGAUCCUUUCGACGGGCGUCGAGUCAACGUCGAGCGAUCAGCGGGGGCCGGCGGACGGUGGUUCGACGACGACCACGACCAGCACAACAACCACGUCGACCACGCAGCGCCAGCUGCUGCACCAGGUUGGGUCGGGUGGACCGGGGAGUGGAGGACGCGGCACACCGAAGAGUGCCGGAAGCCAGCUCGUCCUGACGCCGUCCAAGAUCACGAUCGAGAACAUUGGCCAGCUGUCGGAGCUCGGCCGGACGGAGAGCUACGAGUUCGACGAUCUGGACAUCAACAUCCCGGAGAUCUUUCAGUCGCCGUCGAAGAUCAAAUGGAGCUUCCUGGCGCACCUGGACGAGUCGAAGUCGAACAAGUCACGCAUCAGCUCCGUGUCGAGCCUGGUGGACGCAGCCAGUAGUGGGCGCGGCCGGAGCGGAACCGAGUCGGGCGGGGCCGACGUCAGCGAGACGGCCAGCGACAACGAGUACAGCCCGAACAGAAUCCGACGCCGUCGGCCGGAACCCCUGCCGAGCGAGGCGGUAGGCGGCGGCCCGAGCGGUGGCCAGCAGCCGGUGGGAGCCGGCGGGAUUCAGGCGUCCUCAUCUAGCUGCAAGAUCGAAGAGCUGCUGAAGAAGUCGUCCCCGUCGGCAUCGUCCGACUUCAAGACGGUCUCGAUCUGGCGCGCGGAGAACGGCGACGAGGGCAACGCGAUCAUCUUCCACCACGAGAGCGAGAUCGUCGAGAAUUGCUGCACGAACCAUUUUUUAGACCACAGUAACUACGACGUGUGCCGUGUGGACAACUGUGACUACCUGAUCCGGAGCAGCGACACGGAUACCGGCUCGAAGCGGGCGUCCUGCGGCACGCUCUGCAAGAGCGAGGAACGCCUGAACAACGCGAUCGCCCCGUCGGCCUCGCUGGCCAAGCAGCUGGAGCUGAAGCAGCGUAACGUGUUCACCACGACCGCCGGGCCGGGUGCUUCGAUGAGCGGAGGGGCCUCAACCACGCCGACACUGGCCGCAACCGCCCCGACGGCCACGGUGUACAGCAUCAUCUCGCCCGAUCUGAAGCGAUUCGAGAAGCAGACGAACCUGAACCGCCACUCGGUCAACCUGAGCCAGAACCUGCCGGCCUCGCCGACGUCGUCCUCGUCCACGUCAUCCAUCUUUGCCGGCAACUACGGCGGCUCGUCCGUGUACCGGAACAUCAAUCACCACCAUCAGCCGGAGGCGCACCACGGGAUCUCGUCGGACUACGACAAGCUGGUCAACACCACCGCCGGGACGCUGUCACGCGGCGCCGGAACCUCGUCCCGGUCGCGGCUCAACACGGCCCCGCCCAGCACGGGCUCCCGGUCGGCCACCUCAACUCUCCGGCGACUCACGACGACGACGGGCGGCUCAUCGACGACCACCUUCAACAAUCAAACGACUCCGAGACCGCACUCCAACAACAACUACUACGACGACGGAGCGCGUACACUGUCGACCGCUUCGCUCCGGGGGCCACCAGUACCGCCACUCCACGAUGCGGUAGCGAUCGUCACGACCGGUCCGGAACCGGGCGACCCGGCGCUGCCCCCGUUCAGCAUCUCGGCCGGGGCCGAAACGGCGGCCGCGGCCGCCGCCAGCCAGUUCUACAACAAAUCCUACCACUACAACCUGACCGCCCAGAACCAGCUCUACUUUCAGGCCUUCUCGAACGCGGUCCGCGAGCAGGAGCAGCAGAACUGCGAGUUCCACCAGCACCAACCGCAGACGCCGUCGCCGCAGCCGCAACCCAGCUGCCCGCAGUGCUACGAGUACUACGGCUGCCAGGCGCAGUACUACGCGAACGCGACCAACGAGGCGGACAGCGAGUUUGCCGAGGCCAAUGCCGCCGCCGCCGCCGACGGUGGUGGCGGAAGCAGUGCCGGGCCCGGCGGUGGCGUGAUGCGACGGCGGGGUGGAUGGCGCCGGAACGUAGGCACCACGCUGCGUAUCAACGGGCUGGUGAGGGUGGUCCGGACGAGGGCCCGCAAGUGCGCCGACUACAUCCGUCAGAAGGAGCACCAGAGCAACAACCGGUUCCGGCGGCGCAAGUAA